GGGCGGGAUCACGUGGCCCCGCCUCCUGAGGUCGCCAAGCCAAUCAACGCAUUCGCAGCUCGUUUAGUCGCUAUCGAGCUCCAUUACUCUACGGUAGCAAUGAGUAUGCUAGACCCUCGGCAAUUUCUAAUGCCAACAUUUUGUCUUGAUCCAUCUGCUACAUCACUGCUCAAUCAACAACCUGCACAAAAUUCUAGUGGUGGUAAACUUACCCAUUCAUUUCGUAUUUCUGAUCUAUUAGAAUCACCCAGUGACAAAGCCGAUACCAGUACCGAUAAAGAUCAUUCAACGACAUCACGACCUGAUACGCCAGAAUCCGGCUGUUCACAAGUUCGGAGUAGUCCAAACGAUACCAGCCCCUUAGGAUCGAAGAAAGCUCGAAAAGCAAGAACGAUCUUUACCGACAAACAACUACAAGAACUCGAAUCGACCUUUGAGAAACAGAAGUACUUGAGCGUUCAGGACCGUAUGGAUCUUGCCCAACGAAUGGGUUUAACCGAUACACAAGUCAAAACUUGGUAUCAAAAUCGAAGGACCAAGUGGAAACGGCAAGCGACAACCGGAAUGGAACUGCUCAAUGAGGCUGGAAAUUUGGCAGCCGUUCAAAAUUUACUUCGCUCUAAUCCCUAUUGGGCCGGAUAUGUUGGCCAGUUAGGUGGUAUACCAACACCUAUCCCAUUAAUGAUGGGUUUACCCUUAUCAGCCACCUUACCAUCACUUCCACAUUCGCUUUCAUUUGUCCUCCCACCAACGUCACAUGUUGGUGGUCCAACAAAAGAGUCGACACCAGUUGAUGUUGAAGUUACUACAGCAAACUAG